UGCGGUGCGGCAGUCUCCGGUAUUGUGAGUGCUCUCGGCGAAGUUGGUGCCAGUGCCAGCCUGGCAAUGACAUCUUGCAAAGAAUAUCCUCUGGCAGGAUUCCGCCAGGCAGAGCGCAAAUGCAUCGAUGACGACUGUGUUCAGAUUCCUGGGCCUAUGAUGUCGCAGGCAGGACGCCAAAGAUAUAAUCUUGGUCGCCGAUUGUUCAUCGGGAGUGGAAUUGGUGGAAUGGGAGUUCAGUGUGCUGUGGAUGUUGGGUUUAUUGUCGAUAACAUUUACGAUUCAAUCUUCUUCAUCCAGCAAGCAGUGAACCUGGACUUCUGCAGCAAGAACGUCCGCUACGGGCCAUACAACUACCUCACUGGCGUGCCGGAGGCCGCCUGUGCAAUGGACAUUGCCGGCGCUAUCGCCUGGAUCUCUCAAAUUGCGACUUUUGUUCAGCAGCUGGUCAGUCACUGUCCGGACUUGCUACAGCUCCCCACCCUUUGCGGAUCCAGUGCCACAGGAAUGUUCUCAGCGGCCUCGCAGAUUGCCACAUGGGGAUCCGGGAUCGCAGUUGCGUGCGCGGACCAUGAGAGCUUGACUCGAGUUCCGGCGGCGCUCAUACUUGCGGACUAUGCCGUCAUCGCAGGUCGGGAGGUGGAGUUUGUGAAGCUCUGCUCAAAGGCUUUGGACUCCUUCGGAGUGAAAUGCGAGUGGGUUCAGGGAGAAGAUAACUCAACCAGCGAGAAUGUCUUGCUCGACCUCCUCGGCACUCGCGACGGCCUGUUGCUCGCAGAGGCACAAAUUCGCAUGAGUGGCUUGAUGGUCCCCGGGUUCGAUACUUUGACGUUCAUCUCCAGGAAGGUCCUGCCUGUCUACCAACGACGGCUCCAGGAGGACGGCAAUCCGGACGAGCAGGCGGAGCACGAGAACUUGCAGAAGCUUGAGGAGGACCUCAACAAGAAGUGGGACCCCGAGAACCAUCCGAAGAUGAAAGCAUUGCGUGAAGCGAUGAGGGAACUUCGAGGAGUUCGGAACCAGUUCGCUCAUGUCGAUGGCGAGUCGCAACACAACUUGACCCUUGCGAACCUUCAAGAGAAGCUGCACUUGAUCGAACCGGCUCUGCAUCAGAAGUCUAUGCUCGGCCAGGAUAAAUGUGAGUAA